UAUAUGUGAUUCAUAUUUUAUAGAAAAAUGGCAAGAUUGCGCUUUUUUACUCACUUCUUACUUUUGUCUUUUGGAGCCUUUUUGAUGCCCACUGACUCCAAUCCGUUUAAAGUCAGUCAAAGUCAGAGUGCUGCUGGAGUCUUCAUGCUUAUUGAAGGAGGAAGAUACACCUUCAACUUCACUGCUGCCAGAGAUGCCUGUUUAUUUCUGAACGUCACCAUAGCGAGCCAAGCCCAGAUGGAGCGAGCAGUACGGCGUGGACUGGAGACGUGCAAAUUUGGCUGGAUAGCUGAACAGAUUGCCGUUGUCCCACGACUCAGAGCUGAACAAACCUGUGGAAGUAACAAAACUGGAGUGGUGACGUGGUCUGCACGUCCAGAUAGAAUGUUUGGUGUCUUCUGUUACAAUGCAUCAGAUUUAGAAACUCCAAACACCUCAACAUCCAGCCCAGAAACCUCCACAUUCUCCACCAAACUGAAAACACUGACCAAACCUCUGCUCAUUUCAACAACCAAGUCUCCACCUUCAACACAGCCGAGGACGACAGCAGCUGCUAAACAAACAGCUUUCACUCUCCCAGUCAAGACAACACAUUCAGCAAGGAUUCCCUCCACCUCCGCUAUACCUAAGACUUUAUCUACGCACAUUCCUACUUCUCUCUCUCAUCUCAUCACCUCCAAACCCAUUGUUAUCAGUUCUGACUUUUCUGCUUCUGCUCAUACCUCUGUUUCCAUUGCUUCCUCUGAGUCAACGACGCCAACAUCAGUGAGCGCUGCAAAACCUCUGGGAGAUGUACCAACGGCACUCAUCAUUCUUGCCAUCAUCUUUCUGCUCAUCACAGCAGCUGGCGUUGUGUGGUACUACAAACUGAAUCUCUUCUCCUUCUGGCCUCAGGGGCAGCAGAAGGACGACACAGAGACAGAGAUGUGGAAGCACACCGACAGUGAGAUGGACCUGCACAGCCAAUAUGAAGGAGAAGAAGAGUCGGACAGGAUGUACUCCAGUGACAUCACGCUGUGUGUGAAUCCAGGCAUCACGCCGAUUUCUUUAGAGAAGCUUCACAAAGAGGUGUUUCAUGAUGAAUAAUGGACUCUCUAGAAUAUCUUUAUUGCCAUCUCAGUGCAGGAAGUACAAAAAACAAACAAAAAAACAUAGUAUAAAACAAACAUAGAUAAAACAUAAAUGCAACAUAAAUAAAAC